GUUUGGCACUAACCGACAAAUUAAAUCUUGUCUUUCGACAAUUGUAACCGCCAAUAACCACCAGCCUAACUGUAUAUAUGACUGUAAUACCAGAUUUUGCAAUCUCUAAGCGGAACUUCAUUUCUUCUAUUUUUAUGUUUUUCUUUGCAAAGGCAUAAUAUGAACAGGUUAAUCUCAUUGUCUACAUUCACCAGUAAACAUGCUUUAUUUAGACAGCAAUAUACUAUGGCAAUUGGCACAAGAAGGGCCAUAUCAAGUACCAUUCAUUGCCGACAGAACGACGUCAGUACUAAAACUGAGUUGGAAGAAUCAAUGAAUCAUAUCGAAGAGCUAUUUAGCAUCGCAAAGGACGAGCUGGAAUAUGCAGAAGAAUCACAAGGAACAACCUACUAUCACGAAGAGCGGGUUGCAGCAGAGAAGGCAGUCAAAGAAGUAAUGAGUGCAUACGAUGCAUUCUUGAGUGAAUUGCCUUCUGAAGAAAUGCGUAAGGAAGUUGAAACGAGAGUAGGCAUGAAAAUGAAGGAAUUACAAAUGACAUUUAAUGCUUUACCAGACGAAGAGCAUUAAAUUAUCGUUUAAAAAAAAGGAAGAGAAGGUUUGAUUUAUUUCAUAUUGAGUGGCUUUAAUGAACAAUAAACUUGCGUCAUCUUGAUAUCCUAUUA